CCCCUAACCCCACCCCAUUUCAGCUCCCACACUCUGUCCUGCUGAACGGAAACAACAUUCAGCCUGAGCAGCUGCAAGCUGGGGGAACAUUUUCAGCAGCUACUUCUUCUCAGUCCCGAAAGUGCCUUACAAUAUCAGCGAAAUGGGGGAAAAAAGAGACUGCUGUGCUAAGAUGGCAUCUGUGAAAACUCUGCUUAAUCUGGGACUCUUUUUGUCUGCCUGGAGCAUCACCACUGCAGAUGAGAACUUUGUCCCUAAAGCAGAGAAUGUUCACUGGGUCUCGUUGGACUUUAAGACCAUCCUUAGCUGGACUACCAAACCAUCGGACUAUACAUACUCUGUCCUGUACUCUAUGAAUGGUGGGGACUGGACAGAAAGUCCUGACUGUAGCCGAAUAUCAGAGGCACACUGUGAUCUAAGUGCCCAUCUCUGGCCCUUGGACAGGACAUAUUCUGCUGACAUUCAAACAGAACCUCCAGAGAUGGACUAUAACACUGAUGUAGAGGACUUACCUCACACUUAUUCUCCAGAGUUCAACCCCUACAGAGAGAGUAACAUCAGUGCUGUGGAAUUCAGUCUGGAGGCCACCAAUGACAGUAAAGUCAUUGUCAGCAUCAAGGAUCCUCUGACCACUCUUCACGAUCGUCAUGGAAAGCAGUUCAGCAUCAGAGAUGUUCUCCGAAACGAUCUCAAGUACAAGAUUAGCUACCACAAGUCUGGAAGUACAGGAAAGAGAGACAUCAUAAGUGAUUCCAGUGUGGCAAAUGUGUCGAAGCUGGAUUCAGGAGAAAGUUACUGCUUCAUAGUGGCAGCUUUCAUCCCGUCCAGACCCAAAGCCACCCAGCUGGGAACCUGGAGCACACAACAGUGCACUCAUGUACAUGGAGAGAACCUCCUACCAGAUUUGAGACUUGAAACGUGGGUUGGUGUAGCCUUCAUCCUGCUCACAGUCCUCAUCAUCAUCAUCACAGUGACUGUCCUCUGCUGCAGAUGCCGCCAACAAAGAAACAGAACAUUUCAAACAUCUUACACCAAGUCAGCUGGGAUAGACUGUAGCCCCCGCAACCCUAAUAUGGAUCAAGCGGUGUAGAUAUGGAUGGAUGGAAAUCUUACCUUAUAUUCUUUGUUCUCAGUGUAUCAGUCCAGCUGCCUUCACAUUGUUUUCUCUUUUGUUCAGACUUAUCCCUCCGUCAGCCCACUUUUUCUCUAAUGUUCUGCCGCAACAACAGUAAACUCACAACAGUAACUUUUGUUGAUCAAAAGGUCUGGAAAACAACAGCAAAUGUCCAGCACUUAUAUCGCUCUAUUCUACCUUGGUAGUACUCAAAGCACUUAUCAAUGUGUUUCUUAUUCACCCAUUUCCAACCAAUGGCAACAGAGGAAGGAGCAACUUUGGGCUCAGUGUCUGGACAUUUUGACAUGUCCGUGACAGGGGGAUUGAACCACCAACCUCGUGAUCAGUGGACAAUCUGGUCAACCACCUGAGCCGCAGUCGUCCAACAAAAAGCAAUGAUCAGAGAUAGUAGAUUCAUGCUAUGAUUGAACAUAUAGUUUCAGUAAUUAUUCAGAAGGUUCAACAAUUUAGAGAGGCAGUCAGCCAUGGCAUUUAUGACUGAUCUGCUCUGUAUCUGAUUGAGUCCCUUCUCGUGACAAAUGCACAGAGAGAUUUUUCAUUUUUCCUUGUUUGGUUUGGAAAUCCACAAAUUCCAGUCUUGAGUCUCUCAGUGUUAUGUUGCAGCAGACUGUUUUCAGUCAAAAAACUUUCUCCAGAAUGUCCCUGAAAUGGAGGACUUAGGUACAAUAUUUAGUUCAAUGUCACCACUGCUAGAAUUUAGCAGCUAUAGAGUCAGACUUUUCUGCUGCCUCCAACAAAUGUUUGAACUUUGAGAUUUAGUUGACAGUCUGCUGAUCUGAUUGUUCUUCUUAACAAUGUCCUGUUUUGUACAGACAGUGGGGACAGUAGAAGACAAAGCAAACAAAAUGUAUUGUAGAUUACUUUUAUUUUUAGGUUUUUCAUCACAGAACAUCACAUUUAGACAGCAACAUGUACACCACACAUAGAUUUAUCAUCAUCACAAAAAGCCAUGGCCUCACCAUGGCAAAACGCAGAAGUUUUUCUGAAUAUGGUUUCCUUCAACCAUGGCUUUAAAGUGCAUACAUCUGUAUCAUAGAAAACACACACUGCAAAAAAUGAAAAGCUCCAGAAGCAAGUUCAUCUCUGACUCUCUCUGAACAAUAUUACUGCUCUGAUAACUGCUUUCAGUUAUAUUCGUAUCCUGUCCAGAUAUUAUAAGCAGCCUGUAAAUCAAUAAAUACAAAAAUAAAUAAAUACAAAAAUAAACAACAAAUAAUUCAACUGCAUUCUGUGUAAAUAAUAAAAUUGCUUGUUAACUUUGUCAUUUUUACAGUGCACGGAAUGAGAUGUUUAUUGUGCUACAUGUGCCUAUGUACAGUGAUGCAUUUUCAGCACUUCUUUUAAUCUGUAAAAUAACUGUUACCUUUACACAAAUCAGUCUUAGCUCUGGACCGAAAAUGGGAAUAAAACAUGUUGACACAUUUGUAA